AUGACUGACCCGGGGCUUCUCUCGGCAUCCUCUUCCUCCCUGCCUUCAACUCUUCCCACAGAUUUCCCGGAUGCCCAGCUCGGUUUGGUCCGUGGCAGGGACCUCUGCCUUCACUAUGCCGCCACAGAUAACGGCAAACUCAUCUUGCACCAUUACAAUCUCACGGGGAGGAUGGACGGACGGCGGCCCCAGGAGGACAACAUGGCCACUCUGAAGGUGAUCUUUCUUGUCGCUGGCUGCCUGAUUGUCAUGGUGAACCUUCUUGUGCUCACGGCCAUCGUUCGAAAGCUGCAAGACCGCCGGUGGGUCUACUCGUGCAUCGCGAGCAUCACGCUCAGCGACCUGGUGACAGGGGUGGCCUAUAUCGUCAAUCUCUGUCUGUCCGGCAGCAGGACCUUCCGCUUGUCCCCCACAAUGUGGUUCCUCCGAGAAGGGGUCCUCUUUGUCGCCCUGGCAGCCUCCACCUUUAGCCUGUUAGUGACGGCGAUCGAGCGCUACAGCACCAUGGUGAGGUCCAUUGCGGAGACCGAGUCCCGAAAGAAGGCCCGCCUGAGACGCCUCUUAAUAUUCUGUUGGGUCCUCGCCAUCGUCAUGGGCUUGCUGCCUCUGCUGGGCUGGAACUGCGCCUGCGAUUUGCCCAGAUGUUCCUCGCUGCUUCCCUUGUACUCCAGGAACUACAUCCUAACCUCAGUGGUCAUGUUCAUCGUUAUCUUGGUGGGAAUUGUGGCGCUGUACGUCUCCAUCUAUCGCCAGGUCCAAAGGAGCGCCUUGCAAGUGACCUCCAGGUGUGGCCGCAAGAAGUCGCUGCAGCUGCUGACCACAGUGUUGAUCAUCCUUUUCGCUUUUCUCGUUUGCUGGAUCCCCCUCUUCAUCCUCCUCCUGAUCGACUUCUUUUCCGAAACCGGGAGCUGGAAGCUCCACAAACAUUUGGACUGGGCUUUGACUUUGGCGGUGGCCAACUCGCUCGUCAACCCCAUCAUCUACGCCUUCAGGAGUCAGGAAGUGAGGAGAGCGGUCAUGAACUUGCUCUUCUGCUGCUGCCCCGGAGAAUGCCUUUCCGUCGCCGAUAUCCCAUCGGGUUCCUCCACGGGCACGGAGUCCUUGAAACGGCAAGAAAGCUUGCGAAACUGCAAGGCCCUCGACACGAGGAGGGCGAGAGAACCCCUCUCCAGCAAUUCCAGCGUGAUGAGCACUCUGCCGCCGGAUGACGCGUCAGAGCAGACGAAAGGGGAGGAAAGCCACAUACAUUGUCCGGAAUCCCAAGAGGAAAGGCUGAAUAAAAACGGGAAAGGCUCUGUGAACUGGAAUCUCGACUGUUCUGGACCUCAGCAAGACUUCACGGUUCACCUUAAAAAAGCUAAGAACGUUAGUGGGACCUCCAGGCAGAUAGACAUCCAUGAGUUAUGCUUGGCUGGCUAUUCAGCAUCACAGGCCAACGCCGCGCAAAAGGCGCCAAAAAGGCAGCGUGCUCCCGCGCUGCCUUUUGCGUCGGCGCUCCCCGGGCAGAAGACAGGGAAGCGCCCCAGUGCCUUCUGGGAAGCUUCCUGUCUCAAUGCCCAGCUCGGCUUGUGUGUGAAACGGAAGAGUGAACCCCUCCCCUGCGACCAGCAUGCCUUGCGUCCACCUCUUCCCGGCGUCCCCUGCGGCAGGGCCUCCUCGCCGAGGAGUUUGACAGCUCCUCGGGCACCGCCCCCUUUCCCCCAUCGUCCAUUGCGGGACAACCGCCUCCAACUCCCGCUAUGCCUUGCGCGCCAGGGCCGCGACAGCCGGGGGAGGGGGGGGCGGACUCCAUUUCCCGACGUGCCUCGCGCCGGCUGA